GCCCCUUUGUCUUGUCCAGCCGUCCCCUUACAAGGUUUUCCUCCAUUUCCUGUGGGCGAGAUAUUGUUGGAUAGAGAGAUCAGCGGCCAUGGCAGCUACCAAGGAAAGGGAGAGCCUCGUCUACGUCGCCAAGCUCUCCGAACAGGCCGAGCGUUAUGAUGAGAUGGUGGAUGCGAUGACCAAAGUAGCGAAACUUGAUGUGGACUUGACUGUGGAGGAGCGUAAUCUUCUCUCCGUUGGCUACAAGAAUGUGAUCGGUUCGCGUAGAGCGUCGUGGAGGAUCUUAUCAUCGAUCGAGCAAAAGGAGGAAGCAAGAGGAAAUGAACAGAACGCAAAACGGAUCAAGGGAUACAGACAGAAGGUGGAAUCAGAACUGUCGAAAAUUUGCAGUGAUAUUAUGAGUGUAAUUGACGAGCAUCUGAUCCCUUCCUGUUCAACUGGAGAGUCCACCGUUUUCUUCUACAAAAUGAAAGGGGAUUAUUAUAGGUAUUUGGCGGAGUUUAAGUUCGCUGAAGAGAGGAAGGACGUUGCUGACAAGUCCAUGAAAGCUUAUGAGACAGCUAUAUCUACAGCGGAGGCUGAAUUACCUCCUACUCAUCCCAUCAGACUGGGCUUGGCCUUGAACUUCUCUGUGUUUUUCUAUGAAAUUUUGAACUCUCCUGAAAGGGCCUGUCACCUUGCAAAGCAAGCUUUUGAUGAAGCUAUCUCAGAGUUAGAUAGCUUAAGUGAGGAAUCUUAUAAAGACAGUACAUUGAUCAUGCAACUUUUGAGAGACAAUCUCACUUUGUGGACCUCUGAUAUCCCAGAGGAUGGAGAAGAUGCCCAGAAGCCAGACAUCAUUGCCAAAGCUGGUGGUCCUGAAGAUGCGGAGUGAGAUUGAGUAUUGUUGGGGCUCGUUAUUGUCCAAAAGAUUUGGUGCUACUAUAGCAUAGGAGAUUUAUCCAUUUUCUCAUGAAAAACCGGACGUAUGUUGAUUAUUCUAUGGAUCUUAUGGUUGUGACUUGUGAUAGUUGGAUGUUUUGAAAGGCUUUCCUUUCUGUUGACCAAACUGAACAAAUUAUAUAGAUUGCUCUAGGAUGCUUUCUUUAAUCUACAUUCCUCUUGCUGAUCAACA